AUGCCUAGCGCCACGGGACAGAACUGGGAGAAGUACCAGAAGAACUUCGCGGAUGACGAAGAACCAGAGAAGAAGAUCACACCUCUCACAGAUGAUGACAUCGCAGUACUCAAGACCUACGGCGCGGCUCCCUACGCUAAGGCGCUUCAGAAGCUCGAGAAGGAUAUCAAGGAUAAACAAGCCAGCGUGAACGAGAAGAUUGGUGUGAAGGAAUCCGACACCGGUCUCGCACCUCCACACCUUUGGGAUGUCGCUGCCGAUCGACAGCGGAUGGCCGAAGAGCAGCCCCUGCAGGUGGCUCGUUGCACAAAGAUUAUCCAGGAUGAGAAGGACUCGGACAAGAGCAAAUAUGUCAUCAACGUGAAACAGAUCGCCAAAUUCGUGGUCAACCUAGGAGAGCGCGUGAGUCCGACAGAUAUUGAAGAGGGUAUGCGAGUCGGUGUCGACCGGAAUAAGUACCAGAUUAUGCUGCCGCUCCCGCCCAAGAUCGAUCCCAGUGUGACAAUGAUGACAGUCGAAGAUAAGCCAGAUGUAACUUACGGCGACGUGGGUGGCUGCAAGGAACAAAUUGAGAAGCUACGAGAGGUUGUGGAGAUGCCAUUGCUAUCACCAGAGCGGUUCGGCGCUUUGCUCUACGGUCCUCCUGGUACCGGUAAGACUCUUUGCGCUCGUGCUGUGGCCAACCGAACCGAUGCUACAUUCAUCCGUGUCAUUGGAAGUGAGUUGGUGCAGAAGUACGUGGGUGAGGGUGCUCGCAUGGUCCGAGAGCUGUUUGAGAUGGCUCGGACGAAGAAGGCUUGUAUCAUCUUCUUCGAUGAAAUCGAUGCAGUCGGUGGAGCUCGUUUCGAUGACGGUGCCGGUGGUGAUAACGAAGUCCAGCGAACCAUGCUGGAACUUAUUACCCAGCUGGAUGGUUUCGACGCCCGUGGUAACAUCAAGGUCAUGUUCGCCACUAACCGACCAUCUACCCUGGACCCGGCGUUGAUGCGUCCUGGUCGUAUUGAUCGAAAGAUCGAGUUCUCUCUUCCUGACGUUGAAGGUCGUGCCAACAUUCUGCGUAUUCACGCCAAGAGUAUGUCCGUCGAGCGGGACAUUCGAUGGGAGCUUAUUUCACGACUAUGCCCCAACGCAACUGGUGCGGAGCUGCGUAGUGUUGCUACUGAGGCGGGUAUGUUUGCCAUCCGUGCUCGACGGAAGGUCGCAACCGAGAAGGACUUCUUGGCGUCGGUAGAGAAGGUGAUCAAGGGCAACCUGAAGUUCAACUCGACCGCCACAUACAUGCAAUACAACUAG